AUGGAGCACAGAGAAUACCUAGAGAUUCUGAAAAACAAACUGUCAGAUGCAAAGAAUGAGCAGGAAAUAUUAGUCCUUAAAUUAGACGACAAAGCUGAUAUUUUUGCAGAAAGUGCUGAACAAGAAUUCAAUGCAGCUAUCCAGCACUUAGAGUUUUUGAAAAACGAACAUUUGACAAAUAUGUCAACGGUUGUCAAGAAAACUAAAGAGAAGUAUGACAAAUGCAUUAAAUCGUUUACUGAUGGAAUUCAAUGCACAGAUUUUUGUAUUCAAAAGCUUGAAGAAGCAAAAAACAACGACGAUGACGCCGAAUCAGUUAAAAAGUACUACAGAGGAAAGAAAAUAGUUACUGGACUGCAAAAUUAUGAAUUUUCACAGAUAAAUAUUGCAAUUGAAGAAGAAAAGCCUUAUAUUUUGGAACAAAUUAUGAAUUUGAAAAGUCUCCCCGAAGCUAGUAUUUCCGAGUCAGAUAUUGACGUUAUUACUGACUUGAAAAGAGUUCAGCUGAAAUUAAUUUCUGAAUUCAGAAUUGAUGUCGGAUGUGUGCGGGAUGGAAUAUUUCUAGGGAAUGGACAGUUUAUUCUUUCAGCCAGGAAACCACAAAGAAAUUCUCAUGAUGAUAAAUGUUUAGUAUAUGAUAAGUACUGGAAAUGUACAAAUGUAGUCGGAUCACUCUCCGAGCCAUUUGGACUUGUACAAAAGGAUAACGAAGUGUUUGCAGCAUGCACAUUGUCAAAAGGUUUGACAGUUUUAUCGCCACCUAUCUUCGUCAAAGACAGGACAAUUCGAAUUGGAACACAGAUAUUUGGAAUUGCAUAUAUACCCUAUGGAUAUUUUUAUUUAGCAUGUGACAACAAGAUUAUAAAAAAUUACAAAACUGGAAGGCAAAUGAAAGAGUAUAACACUGGGUAUGGAGUCAAAUAUCUAAUUUCCUCAGGACGUAGAAUUGUAUAUAGUAACAGGAAUACAAACGAAGUUAUAGCAUUGAAUGAUAACAUUGAUUCCAAAAUAUGGACAUACACCAAUCCUCAUCUAAUAUCACCAUGCGGACUUGACAAAGACUGUGUCGGCAACAUCUAUGUUGCGGGUAAGCAAAGCGACAAUAUUCACGUGCUUUCUAGUGACGGUAUUUUGAUUCGACUCUUUGAGGAUAUUCCCAGACCGGAUUUUAUGAAAAUUAACAAAGACAGAAACAUUUGUUGUGUAUGUAGCAAUCGAAGAAAUAUUAGAGUGUACGAGUUUAAAUAA